CCGGCCCCUCGCGUUAAUUGGAGUCCAUCCGUGUGUCAUGUGAUCAUGUAGUGACGUCUGUAAGUUCAACGCGGGAGUCUCAUUUGUUUUGUUUUUACUAACAAGAGUCCCAGGUCACAAUGUUGAGCUCCAAGCUGCUGACUCUGGUUCUGGUGGUCCAGCCGGGCAGGGUUCUGCUGGGCAUGAAGAAGCGCGGGUUCGGGGCAGGAAAGUGGAACGGGUUCGGGGGCAAGGUUCAACCUGGGGAGAGUAUUGAAGAUGCUGCUAAAAGGGAACUUGAGGAGGAAAGUGGCCUCACUGUGGACGCACUGGAGAAGAUAGGAAAUAUCAAGUUUGAGUUUGUCGGGGAAACACAGCUGCUCGAUGUCCACAUCUUCAGAGCCGACGCUUUUAACGGGGAACCAACAGAAUCCGAUGAAAUGAGACCUCAGUGGUUUGACAGCGAUAAAAUCCCCUUCAGUCAGAUGUGGGCUGAUGAUAUCCUGUGGUUCCCACUGAUGCUGCAGAAGAAGAAGUUUCUGGGAUACUUUAAGUUUCAGGGUCACGACGUGAUCCUCGGCCACACACUGGUGGAGGUGCAGGAGAUUUGCUGAACGGUUCCUGGUGCCGUUUAUACGUCUGGCACCCAAAGACAUCGAUCUUUUGAAUCUUUAGUCACAGGAAGUAAACACUGUUAAUGUUUGCAGUUGGUUUUGGUUGAACGAAACAAGAGGUAUGGACUCAACUGGACGUUUUUUUUUUUUUUUUGCUUUUGUUUUUGAAUGUAAGAUUGUGACUGUAACAUAAUUUCUCCUUUUUUAUCAGUUUUUCAAAUGUUCAGGUGACUCAAAGCUGCUAAAUGGCAAAAACACAGAACAAUCUGUUUUAUUUUAUUUUUAAAUGACUGAUUCAGUAGUUCAGCAAUUAAAAAUGCUUACAAAAUUUACUAUUAUAAUUUUACUCYCAUUUAAACUUGGAAAACCAAAUGUUUCAUACUGUAUUUGCAGUAAUAGUUUAUUAAUAAAUAUAUAUAAUCUGUG